AUGUGGAUUACCGACGCUUGCAAGGCGUUCGUAUUCUCCUUUGUUGCCGUAUUCCACUCUCCCAGUCUCCCAGAACAAGGUCCUCACCAAGACGUGCUGACCUUUACUCACGAUUCUCCCGUCGGCAAACAUCCUUACCCCCGCUUUCCCGCUCCCAAUGGCCCCGAAAGGGAUGGCCUUAAAGGUCCAUAUGAUCAGGUCUUCGACAUAAACACUGACUACGAGAACUUCUGGCCCGAGGGUAUCGUGAGGGAGUACACUCUUAACGUCACGAACCAAGACAUCAAUGGCGAUGGCGUCAAUAAUCCAUAUGGUAAAGUCUUCAACGAGCAAUACCCUGGUCCUUGGAUCCAAGCAUGCUGGGGUGACAUCAUCAAGGUAACAGUUCAUAACAACCUUGAAUACAAUGGCACGACUAUUCACUGGCAUGGUCUUCGUCAACUCGAGUCAUUCGAAAUGGACGGUGUCAAUGGCGUUACUCAGUGUCCUAUUGCCCCCGGCGACAGCUUUACCUAUACCUUCCGUGCAGUCCAGUAUGGAACAUCGUGGUACCAUAGCCACUACUCGCUGCAGUAUGCUGAUGGAUUGGCUGGGCCGAUCACUAUCUAUGGACCUUCAAGUGCGCCGUGGGAUGAGGGCAGAGAUCCGAUUCUCAUCACGGAUUGGAGUCAUCGAAGUGCGUUCCAGAGUUGGCAGAGAGAACUUGUGCCGAAUAGCCCGACUAGACCUUUGAUGAAUGGUGUACUUAUCAACGGCGUUGGUAAUUUUGCGGGAAGCUUCCCUCGUGAACGGUUCAAUAUGACCGUUGAGAAGGGCAAAAAGUACAUUCUUCGCGUCAUCAACACCUCAGUUGACACAACCUGGAUCUUCAGCAUCGACAACCACAACUUCACAGUCAUGUCGACAGACUUUGUUCCUAUUCACCCUUAUGAAGUAGAUCACGUCGUCAUAGGAAUUGGCCAACGUUACCACAUUGUUCUUGAUGCUACUCCAACCAACACUACUGUCCUUCCUGCAUCGCCUGACGGAAACUAUUGGAUCCGUACAGUAGGCGCGGACAGAUGCAAGGGUUUCGAGCCUGGUAAUGAGCCCGACGAGCGACAAGGUAUCCUGAGAUACAACACUUCCAGUACCUUGGUACCUACGACAUUUCGCCCGGCUUACAGUACAGCAUGUCGUGACGAGAACUACACCAUGCUAAAGCCAAUCCUUCCUUGGAAGGUGAAGCCUGUCGAGUUAGAUUGUCAGUUCGACAUUGGCCUAAAGACAUACAAAGACAGACCAGAAAAGGGCAAUGCUUUUCAGUGGUGGGCGUUUGGAGAGAACCCAUUGUGGCUUAACUUUUCCAACCCGACUAUUCUCAACCUCAACAAUGAUACGUGGGAUCCCAACUACGCUGUUGAUCUUGUUGUCCCAGACUCCAAGAAGGAUGAAUGGAUCUACAUCGCCAUCACUGCACCCCAAGCCCCGCUUGUCAACAGACCCGACAGAGUCUUUGCACCGGUGGCUCAUCCCCUUCAUCUCCACGGACACGACUUUGCGCUGCUUGCACAAGGUACCAACUUCAGCGACCUCGACACAGGAAACGUUAAACUCAAAUCGGACAACCCGCCUCGACGUGAUGUAGCUCUUAUUCCAGCAGGAGGCUAUCUUGUUGUCGCCUUCAAGGCAGAUAAUCCUGGAUCAUGGUUAUUCCAUUGCCACAUCGCGUGGCAUGCAUCAAGUGGUCUGGCCAUUCAGAUCCUUGAACAGCAGGAAAGGCUCAAGUGGAUGAUGAAUAAUGAUAGGAUGAAGGAAGUGGAGAGAGUUUGCACGAGAUGGAAUGAUUGGUUCGGAAAUAAGAGCAAUCUUUGGAACGCUGAUCUCUUCCAGGAUGACUCUGGAGUUUAG